AGAAAGCUUGAGAGGAAGAGGCUGAGGACCAGAGGAAAGAAACUGCUUUACAAAGAACCCCCCUGGAUUUCAGUUCUGUCUUGGGGAAAACCUUCAAGAAUGCAUAAGAGCCACCUUAACAGGCAAGUCUGGGCUUUUUCUCUAUAUAUCUGCCUAGGUAUUGUGAUGUGUGAGUCUUUCCAUUAUUCCGUGCCUGAGGAAAAGAAAAGUGGGUCCUUGGUGGCAAAUGUGCUGAAGGAUUUGAAAGUGGGCGUGAAGGAGCUGUCUGCUCGCAGGGCUCAGCUGAUUUCUGAAAGCCACAAUCAGUAUUUCCAGCUAGAUCCCCAGUCUGGGAAUGUGCUCUUGCAGAAAAGAAUAGACCGAGAGGCAUUGUGUGGUCAGAAGGACACCUGUGUCUUAGCUGCAGAGAUUGUGCUGGAAAACCCAUUGCAAGUGCACAGAAUUGAAGUUGAGAUAGAGGAUGUGAAUGACAAUUCCCCCCAGUUUCCUAAAAAUGAAUUCCUUUUGAACAUACCUGAGCAGACUGCCCUGAAUACUCGAUUCCCCCUGGAAAGUGCUAAAGAUGCUGAUAGAGGAGAAAAUAGUGUGCAGAAUUACACACUUAGCCUAAAUAACCAUUUCGGGUUGGAUGUUCAGAGUCACAGUGAUGGUAGCAAACAUGUGGAAUUGGUGUUGCAGAAACAGUUAGACCGUGAAGAGGAAACGCGUCUUUCCCUGAUUCUUUCUGCCGUUGAUGGAGGGACCCCAAUUAGAACAGGAACUGCAAAUAUUAUCAUUGAUGUUCUGGAUACCAAUGAUAACCCCCCUCAGUUUCCUCAGUCUCUGUACAAAGUGAAACUGAAAGAAAACAGCCAUCCAAGAACACUUGUAACUAAAGUGGAAGCAACUGACCGGGAUUUGGGUCCCAAUGCAGAAGUCACUUAUUCUUUCAACCAGAUAUCAGACACUGUGCUCAGAUCAUUCGCGUUAAACAAACAUACUGGGGAACUUACUGUUGCUGGAGCCAUUGAUUAUGAAGAGGAGAGAAAUUAUGCAAUAAACAUCAAGGCCACGGAUGGAGGGGGGCUCUCUGCUUACUGCAAAGUCAUGGUGGAGGUUGAGGACAGAAAUGACAACGCCCCAGAGGUGACCCUCACAUCCCUCACCAGCCCCCUACCAGAAGAUUCUCCCCUUGAUACAGUGGUGGCCCUCUUCCGUGUCACAGACCAAGACUCUGGAGACAACAGCAGAACUGCCUGUACUACUGAGGCAAACUUGCCCUUUCUGUUGAAAAACUCUGUGAAUAAUUACUAUCAACUGGUUACUCAGCAGCCUCUGGACCGAGAAAAAGACUCAGAGUACAACGUCACCAUCACAGCCACAGACCAGGGCUCUCCUAGGCUGACUUCAACGAGAAUAAUCAAUGUUCAGAUCUCAGAUGUCAAUGACAACGCUCCAGUAUUUGAAAAGUCAUCAUAUGAAAUGCAAUUGCAAGAAAAUAAUAUUCCAGGUCUGCUGAUAGGUUUGGUGGAAGCCAAGGACUUGGACAUGGAGCAGAAUGGCAAAGUGACCUACUCUCUUUUGCCUGGGAAGGUCAGAGAUCAACCCGUGUCCUCCUAUGUCUCCAUCAACUCUGAAACUGGGAAUCUUUAUGCCAUUCGAUCUCUGGAUUAUGAGCAGAUAAAAGAUUUCCAGGUGACUGUGAGGGCUGUGGACAGUGGAUCUCCUCCCCUGAGCUCUGAAGUUGUGGUCCGAGUUGUUAUCAUGGAUGAAAAUGAUAAUGUCCCUUUCAUCCUGUACCCUCUUCAGAAUGGCACUUCUCCAUCCAAUGAUCUUGUUCCAAGGGGAGCGGAGACUGGCUACUUGGUCACCAAGGUGGUGGCUGUGGACAGAGAUUCUGGUCAGAACUCUUGGCUUUCCUAUGAGCUCCUGAAGGCCACAGAACCAGGUCUGUUCAGUGUGGGGGUCCAGAAUGGAGAAGUGAAAUCCAUGAGACCGAUUAGCAAACGAGACAACUUCAAACAGAAACUUAUCAUUGGAGUCAAAGAUAAUGGUCACCCUCCCCAGUCCACCUCUGCAACGCUGAGCAUUCUGCUAGUGGAUGGCUUCUCGGACCCUUAUAUGAAAAGUGUAGAUGUCCCAAAGGACGAAAUGGUGCAGGAUGAAGACCAGGCCCUGACUAUGUAUCUGGUCAUAUGCUUGGCUGUCAUCUCAGUCAUUUUUUUGGUGUCCAUGGUGGGGUUUGUUGCCAUCAAGAUUCAGAAAAGGAGAAAGUUCGUAGCGAGCUCAGCCCUGAAUUUCCCAGUGGGACCAAACUUCCCAGAGAGCUGUGGAGAUGUUGAUGCUGGAUCCCUUUCUCGGGCUUACAACUAUGAGGUGUGCUUAGCUGGUGGGUCCCUGAACAGCGAGUUCAAGUAUCUCAGGCCUCUAUUUCCUGUGUUUUCUAUGGAGCCUGCUCAAAAUCCAGGGAUUCAAAGGAUUUCAACAGAUUUCCAAGAAGUGUCCAGCCAUGCAGCGGAAGGUCAACUCAUGAGUCAGGGUAUAAUGUCUGGGAUGAAGAAGAAACCAGUUGAGCUUAACACCUAUGUUAAGGAGAAACCAGUUGAGCUUAACACCCAUGUUAAGGAGAAACCAGUUGAGCUUAACACCCAUGUUAAGGAGAAACCAGUUGAGCUUAACACCCAUGAAGAUGCCUUAUACUGA